GCCGGGGACUGGAUAUAGGUCCGCUGCUCCCGCCAGAGUCAGCUGCGGCCCAGUGACCGUCGCCUGGUAUCCACAGCCGCCCGCCCCGCCCGCCGCCGAGAUGAUGUGCGGCGCGCCCACCACCACGCAGCCGGCCACGGCCGUCACCCAGGUCAUCGCCGACCAGGUGAGGUCCCAGCUGGAAGAGAAGGAGAAGAAGUUCCCGAUGUUCAAGGCUCUGGAGUUCAGGGUCCAGGUGGUCGCCGGGACGCUCUUCUUCAUCAAGGUUCAAGUGGACGAUGACAAGUUCAUGCACAUCCGAGUAUUUGAGAGCCUCCCACACGAGAACAAGCCCUUGACCUUGACCAGCUACCAGGCCCACAAAGGUAGACACGACGAGCUGACCUACUUCUAGUCCCGAUUUUGCACAGAGCCCGUCGCCCGUGUGGGUCUCUCCACUGCCAACCUGUGUCUGUGACCUCACGCGGCGCCAUUCGGGGUAGGUGAGGGGUGG